AUGGCGUCGUCUUUCCUGGCACUUUCGCAAACCCUUGGGGGCAUCACCCACACCAAGAUCACUGAGUUAGGAAAACAGCGCACUAUUUACGAAUCACGCAAGGAAGAAAUCUUGGGACAGGCCAAUCAAGAAAACGAACGAGUUGCAAGAAUCAACCUUCUUCUCGAGGGAGUCGAGAAUCUCAACCCUGAAGCUUUCAAAAGCCCCGCAGUCAAGAACAUCAAACAUUGGCUCAGUCAGUCAAAAUAUGAUGUCUCGGUUCCAAGCGAGUUCAUGCAGUCCCAUGAAGAGCUGCUCCGGUCGCAUCUAGAGGUGCCAAGUCGGAAACUAGCACUGGGCCACCUCUACGCUCGGCUCAUAACCGAAUGGAUGGAUUCCUCUGUCAGCGGACACCCAGCUUCAGAGGAAGAAUCCUUUGAGGUUUUAGAUCGACAAAAAGAGAGGUUGCAGCAGUUGUGCGACAAGUUCGAGCGAGUGGUUUUCGAGCCGCUGGAGACCGAUGAAGUUGAGAUUGACCUCUACCUUAAUGAGCUAUUCCAGGGCGAGCAAGAUGAUGAGAGUUCCAAGUCACUUAAAGAGCUUAGAGAUACUAUGAGUGACUCGUGUCGACGGAUCUUUGGUGAAAAGGCGCCGUUCGACUCCACGACGCUCAAGUGGUGUAUCAACGGGUUACUCGCUGAGGACCUGCUGAGCGAUCAGAAACAGGCCAUUCUUCGAGACUUUCUUGAAAAGCCUGUUGUGUUGGGGGAGAUCGCCGAUGUUCUCAAUAUGCGAUUUUCCAAUAUCGACAGCUGGGAAUGGGAUGCUGGGGAACAUGGCAUUCCCGUUCUUCCCAGACAGCAGUUGAAUGGGGAAUACAGAAUAUGGAUGGACGAGGAUGUGUUGCAAGCAAUCCUCAUCCACUAUAUUGGCAUCCGGUGUUGCGUUGAUCUCAAAAAGGCUCUGAGUAGCUUUAUCUCCUCCGCAAACUCCUUCUGGAAGUGGAACACUGGACCACAGCCUACCCAUGACGAGAUGCACCGUCGCCGGUAUUACAUGUGCAGAGGAGCCACUGCAAGAUCAAACACCAAUACCGAGAGACAAGGGCAGUACAAAAGUACCUUCUUCAUGUCACAACUGCCGGAGACUGUUGAGACUAUUGGGGCUGGGGGGUAUACUGACCCAACAGAGGAGCAAGACAACUCUAAGAAGCCAAACAUUAAACAGCGCCUGCUGCAAACGCUCGCCACCGAGGCCAUCAUACACAAGACUUUGACGGACGAAGUUGCAUUGGUACAGACUGAUCUGGAGUGGUUCGCCACGGGCCUAUCCCAUUCAACUAUCUUUUCCACCAUGCGAUUCUUUGGCUACACUGAAGGGGCCAUUUCCUUCUUCAAGAAGGUUCUUGAGGCACCUCUCAACGUGCAGUCUUCUCCAGACUCUCCAUUGACGGGCAGCCCAAGAAUGCGCCGUCGCGGGGUACCCAUGGCUCAUGCACCGGAGAAGCUUCUUGGCGAGCUUGUACUCUUCGUUAUGGACGUUGUAGUGAAUCAACAGGAUGGUAUGCUACUUUACCGACUUCACGACGACCUUUGGUUGUGUGGCGAGCCACAGCAUUGUAAAAGGGCCUGGGCUGCUAUGAAACAGUAUGCGGAAAUUCUCGGCCUCACGUUCAACCUCAGUAAAACCGGUUCUGCGUACAUCACAGCGGAUGGGAAGGCGAAGGAUACUGAGGUUGCAAUCGCUUUGCCGCAAGGUCCGGUACGAGUUGGGCAUCUAUCCCUUGACCCUAACUCAGGGAUCUGGAAGAUCGACCGCGAGCAAGUGGAACAACACAUGAGACAGCUCAAGAAGCAAUUGAACGAAUGCAGGAGUGUACUAGAAUGGGUGCAAACGUGGAAUAGCUGCAUGGGCCGCUUCUUCAGCCACACUUUUGGCGAACCGGCCCACUGCUUUGGCCUACAGCAUGUUGACAGUAUCCUCGAGACUUACCAGCUUAUGCAACAAUUCUUAUUUUCGGAAGGACCAGAUUCCAUACAAAACAGUCAUGGAGCCGUCAACCACGUCAAGCAUAUGAUAAAAGACCGAUUCGGGGCCGAUGUACCUGAUGCCUUCAUCCAUCUACCUGAGCGUCUGGGAGGACUCGGUUUACGGAAUCCAUUCGUGCCCAUACUGACUAUUCGGGAGAGCAUUGCGAAAAAGUCGCCGACCUCAAUCAUUCAAGAGUUCUUUGACGCAGAGAAGGAGAGACAUAAGCGAUACAAAAAGCACUUCGAUUCUCUACCAAGCGUUGACAGCCGCAUCGACGCAGCUGUCAGGGCCACAUGGAGUGGAGAAACAGUCAGCCCCGAAACUUUCAAGAACCUGCUGUCGACUAAGGAACUGGAGAGUUUCUUCAGCAUGAACGAUUACACGAAAUACAGGGAGCUUACGAGCUAUGCCCUGUGGCAGGCUUAUCUCUCCUUGCAGAGCCUCCCGUCCGCUAUCAGCCCGGACAUGGACUCUGACGUUGCGCAGACCAUCAGCCAGGAAUUGGGCGUCAGUGCAAAUGAUGCGGGUGGUAAAGUUCAGGAAGCUCGGUGGGCAUUGCAGAUGUAUCGGGAUGGGUUGCGCCGUGACUAUGGAGGGUUGCGUCUUGUGGACAAGGAGCAUCUUCCGCUGGGUGUGUUGACACUGCUACGGAGUAGAGCAGUGACAUGGACCAUGGUUUUGUGA